AUGUGGAGCAGCAUUGGCGGGGCAAAGAAUGCAUCCGGCCUGGCGCUGCGCGAGGCGCUCGCCAACAAGCCCUUCAGCCCUGAGAUGUGGAAAACCAAGCACCUGGCUCUUGUGGACCUGCAGAAACAGAUUGGGUGGCCCUCCGUUUUCAUCACGAUCAGCCCCUAUGAGUGGUCCAUGCCAUAUCACUCGUCGGUGGAAGACGAGCUGCAGAAGACAUUGGCCGCGAGGUUGCAAGCACCGGCCACGGAGACGCUACACAUCACGCACAUUUUGACGCAGGCCGUGAAGGGGCUCCUCCUGGGCGCCAACGAUGGGAUGAAGCCGCAGAGAGAGCACGUCUUCGCGGGGCACCAUGGGGUCGCAGAUGGCGCGGGCGUCCGGCAUUGGGUCGCCCGCCUCGAGUUCCAGGACGGCAAGCGCAAACGAGGCAGCGCUCGCCCGGCUCAGUUCUACCACGGCUCCGGCCGGGUCCACGUGCACUUGCUGGUGUGGCUUCGCGACUUGCCCGCCUUGGACUUACCUGCCCAGAUUGCUGCCGAGCUGCCCGGCGCCGACGCGCCGGAGAUGUCCGAUUUGGUCCGUGGGUCGCAGUUGGAUUGGGAGAGCAGCGGGUGGCCUCGCCGGGAGGAGCCGUCCGACGUGAAGGGCAACCUCUUGCGCCUGCGGCACCCCCAGGACGCCCAUGCCGCGCACUGCCGCGCUUACGUGGUCGACGUCCUGCAGAGCCUGCGCUGCCACGUCGACGUGUUGGCUUCGGAUGGGCGCGCCUUGCUGCUCAAAUAUUGCGCCAGUUACUUGCCGAAGUUCAGCGAUUCCUUCGCCCAGGAGCUGCUCAAUGACCAGGCCACCGAUUUUGUGGUCACUCGACGCGUCCUCUCCGACUACCACCCGCAUCAACCAGAGAUGGUUCUACAGUUGGCCGCUCAGCAGCAUCCGCAAUUUCUCUCUCAUGGCUUCGUAAAGAAAUUCAUCGUUCCUCUGCCGUGGGAGAAGGAGAUGCCGCAGGUCGUGCAAGACUACAUGUCCUCGCCUUGGCGCUCUUCUUCGAUGUCCUUGCUGGAGUACUUGCGCCGGGUCGGCGCGGGCGGCCAAAUCCAACAGCGCUAUCGGCGCCUGCACAAGCUUCGCAAGAUUGACGCUCCCUUGGAAGAAUGGAUCAACAGCCUGCCGGCAGAGGGGGAGAUCUUGGUGGCGGCCAUCGCCGCGUCGCGCACGACCGACCGCUACUGCGGCCAGUGGCUUCUGCUCAACGUUCCCUUUCGGGCGCUGGAUGACUUGUGGGACGAGCGCGCUGCGCGGGUCCCGGCGGCCUUGAAAUUCUUGACGCUCUGCUUGCUGAAGCGUCCUGGCUUCUGGAAGGCGCCCCAGGCGCUGCGAGCGGAGCUGGAGCUUGAGGCAUCGACAGAGCUUUACAUCGAGAAUUUCCAGGCUCUUCUGGCCUCACGCAUUGAGUUGGCUGAGGCCUUUCUGAGUGGAGAGCUGAACGUGGACGAGAGCGGCCCUUCUUUGCUCUCACGCCCGGCGCUCUCUGGUAUGCAGGCAUCUGCUCCGCAGCUAGCGCUGGCAUCGGAUCAAGAUUUCGUUGUGGUGGCUGCGCGCCGCGCGGUCGACAAGGCGCUACAGGCCCGUUGGCCGGAGGAGGAAGACAUGGACGCGCCGGCCUGGCUUUCCUGGGUCGCCCGUGCGCCGGCGACGGCGACGCCCGUGCUCGCCGUCCUCGGCCCUGCCGGGAGCGGGAAGAGCGCCGCAGUGGAGGUCGCCGUUCAGGCGGCCGUCGGCCGGGGCGCGCACGUGGGCAUUGCGUGCCCGACGGGCAUGCUGGCAAGCAGUUAUCGUGCCUUUAAAAUCGAGACUCUGGACAUGAUGGAGCCCUACGAUAUGGUGGUGGUGGACGAAGUUGGGCAGCUCUCCAAGGACACCUUCGACCGCUUGCUUGCACUCAGGGACGCCGCUGGCCGGCGAACGGCCUUGAUCUUCGUGGGAGACUUUGCGCAGCUGCGCGGCAUGGAUCCAUCGACUGCGCUGGACAGCGACCGCUGGGUGGAAGUGACCAAAUUGCAUCUGCAUACCAUGCGCCGCUGCAAGUGCGCCGAGCUGCGCUGGAAGUUGGAGCUGCUGCGGAGCGCGAGCCCCACGUCCAAGCAGUUGAGGCGCUUGUUGCGGACGCAUCGGGCCCCGCAGGGCGUUCCGCCCGCCGACCCAGCCGGGCAGCCGACCUUGGAAGACAUCCAGCAGAUUCUGCAGGAAACGCCUCACACACUCUUCGUCACAUACACCCGGGCAGCCGCGCAAUUGCUGAACGACCUUGCCGCGCAGGCCCACUUCGAGGGAAAGCCGGCCUUGGGCACGGUGCCGGGCGACCCUGAAGCCAAUGCCAGCAACUACCGGGCCGGAGCCAUGGUCCAUGCAGACCCCUACCCGUUGCAGCUCUUCGUCCACAUGCGAGUGACCAUCACAAAGAACGAGGAUAAGGAACACUCCUUCGUCAACGGCAUGGGCGCCUGGGUUCGUCGCCUGCGACGCAGCGGAGUGGAGGUCGUGACCGACACAGGCGAGGUGAUCCUCAUCCACCCAGUGACGAGGGACUAUCUUUUGGAGGACGGCGAGGGAACCAGGGAACGCCGCACGGCAUACCCGCUGCGCCCCGGGUAUUGCACGAAUCUACACAAAGUGCAAGGGGCCACACUGCAGCAUAUGACCCUGUGGCUGAACACGCCCUUCGUCCCAGGCGCUGGCUACGUGGCGUUGUCCCGCGCGCAGCACGAUCGUGACUGGCGCUACAUCGGCAACCUGCAGCGCCGGCAUUUUGCAGCCUGCCAUGCCGCGGCGGCGAUCGCCGCGACCUCGGACUCUGCAGAAAAAAAGCGCGCGGAUACGCCCCACUCGAUCCGCGACAAGAGAGCCGUUCCUUCGGGCAUGGUGCGCACUUGCGAGGGCUUCAUCGAGGGCGGCGCUUCGCGGCCGUGCGUCUUCAAUUCUACUCGGGUGGGGCGGGCGGCGCAAACGUCGAAGGCCUUCUCUCGCUGCGUCUUCUGCGACUUGGGGCGGUUGGAGGACAUCUUGGAGAAGCCGGGCAUGCGCAGCAACAUCGCCGCCCGUUUGCGCGCCUUCAAGGUGCAGGACCUGGAGGUCUUCCACGUCGCGCUGGCACGCCUGGGCGAAGUCACGGCCGACGCCGCCGAGCUGGAGGCCCUGGCGGACGCGAUGCCCGACUGUGCGCUGGGGCGCCCCCCACGCAAGCGUCCGGCGGCGAGCGCGGGAGCCGAGCUCGUGAGCCGUGCCGGCUACCGCGGUCGGGCCGGUGUGUUUUGUCGCGUCGAUCGUGGCUGUUCUUCUGCAGCUUUUCAACUUGAGACGUAUCGAUUCCCCCGCACCGACCCCAUCGCAAAAGACAUGGAUGCCGCAGCGGCCGCGCAAUCUUUUCGCACCUUGUGGGCAGCCUUCUGUUUGCACUCCCAAGUGGCGGCCGUCUUGGAUCGCAUCGUGGCGUCGCUCGAAGCCCUGGAGGCGGUGCUGGCGGUCGAGAUGAGCCCUCUCUGGGCGCCUUUACGUCCUGCGCUUCGGGCGACCCUUGGCCGCGUUCGCACCAUGCAGCGCUACUUGGACCUUCUCCGUCGUCGCCUUGAUCUAGGGGUGGAGCGCUGGCUGCGGCUAAUGUUGGAUCGAGGCUAUCCUUUGCCCGCUUUGGCUGCGGACCCGCCGGACCCUGCGGCCGAGGAAGAUUGA